AUGAACCGCCUAGAGGAAGAAUCGAACACAAACAAAUACCUUGUGAAUGAACGACUGCCACAGGAAAAAGAGCAGCUGAAGAGAAUGACGAACGAACUGCAGAGAAUCGCACUUGAGCCUGCCAUGGGACAGUCGGAUCUCGAUGAGAUACAGCAACAAAUCCGCACUGUCAACCUUGAGAUCAACAAACUGAUUGAGGCGAAGAUGAAGACGAUGGACGAUGGAGAGGGCAAGGCCAGGGGUGGCGAACUUUAUAGGCAGCAAGCGGCGAUAGUUCGGAAUAAGAAGGCCUCAACUGCCGAAACUUUGAACGCAGUAAGGAGUGAGAUGAUGAAACUCGAGCAAGAGUGCAACGAUAAAAGAAUGAAGUUGAGAGAGAUAGGAGGGGGAGGGGAUUAUCUGCAGGGUGAUGAAUUCAAGAGAUUCGCUACUCAAAUGCGAGCGAAGCACACAGCCUACAAAGCCAAAAAGCAGGAACUGAAUGAACUGAAGACCGAGUGUGGCCUCCUGAUAAGGACCAAUGAAAUUCUAGAUAAACAAUCACGUGAUAUCAAUGAACAACUGACGACCUACGAGUCCUCGAAAGGGGUCAAAGGUUAUCACGAGACCCAGGACGCCCUUGAAAAGGUCAGCAGUCAAAAAGGUCAAAUUGACGACGAGAAGGGCAAAACUUUGCAGGACAUUUCUAUCAUGGUUCAGCAGUUGAAUAACCAAAUCGACAAAAAGAAGGCGACGCUAGCGCCGAUCAUCAAGGAACUGAGACCACUUAGGCAGAAGCUGCUGGAGUUGUGCCAGGAGCAUAAGGAGCUGAAGACGAGAUACGACACAAUGCAGACGGGCUACGGGUCUAAUUGGUCGAAUCUGGAGAAGGAAGUGACGUCACACAAAGAAGAUAUAAACAGCAACGAGUCGAAAAUACACUACCUGAAGUUGGUUACAAAAUCCAUGGAGGCCUUGCUGCAGAGAGCUGAAAUUGAGGCCACAAAAAACGGCGUCGCCGGUGGUAAUAGUAAUAGUGGUAGAUCUUUGAGGGAAAUAUUCAAUCGAAACAUAAUGGAACAAGAAAACUUGAACAAACAGCUGAAGGAGAAGCAAAAAAAUUUGAAAGAUAACCAGGAAUCUAAUGUCAAGCAGGCCAAAUCCUGGCGGGAUUUGGAAAAAUUAAUGCAAGCGAAACUGAAACUAAUGACGUCCUCUUCCUCCUCCGGUUCAGCGGAAAAACAUCCCAGCAAUAACGAAAUGGAAAGUGGAAAGCACCAGGGCAAGAGUAGCGACAGGCUUGUACUGUAG